AUGAUAGAUACCCAAGCCACUCUGUACGCGGCACUCACAGCCGCUGUGGUUUGCUACUCCUGGAACCGGAUUCGGCGCCCAAAAAUCCGCCACCCACCUUCUCCCUGGUCUCUUCCGUUUCUCGGCAACCUGUUCUCGAUCCCUCCUGGCUACGAGUACAUCUCGUUCGCGAAACUUGGACAACAACUGAAAUCGGACAUUAUUUACUUAGAAAUACUCGGCCAUAAGCAUAUCAUAGUCAAUUCUGCGGAAGCUGCGUCCGAGCUUCUUGACAAGCAUGCUGUAUUCCACUCGUCCCGACCACCUGUCCCCAUGGUCAAGGAUCCCUCACUAAUGAACUGGCCCGAAAUAUUUGCGCUGAUGGAGUAUACCGAUACCUGGAGGCACUAUCGUCGCAUGAUGAACAAUUGGCUCAACGUGCGCGCCGUGACCCAGUUCAACGACCUGCAAGAGCGGCAAGCUCGUUCACUCUUGAAACGGAUAAUGCGCGUUGCGGGCCAUCAGGAGCCAUUUGAUCAGCUCAAGGAGGAAAUCUACUUGUAA